UCUCCGGCAACCUGGAUCAUGGAGCAACGCACUCUUCUCCGCUGCACCGUGUUUGUGCAUUUUUUGGUUUUACAGAUUCCGUGUCGGUAUGUUAGUCUCUGUUGUUUCCCAGGACUUCGUUAUGACUGUUACAAGUAGACGGGCACGCAGUUCGGUAGCAGCAUGACCUGGGAGAGUGUUCAAAGGAGGAUUUCCGAAACGCAAAACAUUGCAUAUGCGUUACGUGGAUGUUGGAAGCCAUCGCAUCGUUUGAAGCCGUGGUUCGUUGUGAUAUUUUUGACCUAGCCCACUGGUUCCACAAGCCAGUGCGGAGCAGAGCUACUCUCAACUUUCUCAUGGUGGAGGGCUGCCGUGCGAGUGAGCACAGAGCGCCUGGAAGCGCCAGUAUGGCGGUACGGAAUUCCUUGUGCAGGGCAUGUAGGGUGUUGUUCUGGGUCAAUGUCCUACUGUGGUCACAUGGCAGUCUAACCUUCGCGGGCGACAAGGGCGCAUGCACUGAUGAAGAUGCACCAAAGAUUCGUAUGCUGAAAGCUGUUGAACUUGGAGACAGUCAGCAAGGAGCGAUGGGUGUAUAUGCCAUCGGAGAAGGAGUAAACUACGAUGAGAUAGACUUUACAAUAUGCUAUACAGCAUGGCAGACUACUAGGUGCACACCGUCCAGCGGUGUAAACAAAAAUGUCACAAUUGCACUACCUGGAACAAGCGUAACCGCAUCAUGGCAGCCCAAGCCUGCCAACUACACCAGCAACUGCAUCGGUACAGCAUCGUGGUACGUCCGCGGCUCCAAAUCCACACUGCUCCAAGUUAACGCAUCGAUCACUCUAACGAUAUCCACCAAGUAUGGUGGCUGUGCACAAUCCCCCAGCCUAACGUUCAAUCUUGCUGAGUACUUUGGCCCAGAGCAGCAUUCAUGCCAACAGCUCAACUCAAAGUCUUUAUUCUCAAGAGCUCCUGGUUCUCUAACGGUGAGAUCGAAGCAUCACCUUCAAUUCAGGAGACAUGACCAUAAGCAUGGGAGUAUUCCAAGGAUCAACUUUGAUGUGAGGGUAGUUGAAGACAACAGCAAAGAUGAUGUAAUUGAAGUCACCUGCACUGAACAUGCGUACUGGUUGCCGCUCAGUUUGAAGAAGGAUGUGGACUGGCCCAAAGUUUAUGUAAUCCCGCCUCCCAACUUCACCAUUGAGGAUCCGAAGAUACUGAAGGCGCAGGAUCAAAUUACGCUUAGGCUGGUUGCGUCAAAGAUCCCCAGCGGCCUUUCUGUGAGAUGCGUCGUUAGGGAUCCACCCACUGGGAAAUGGCGACUGACAGUAAAAUUUUAUCCGGUCCGUCAAAGCACCACACCUCCUCUGAUUACAGACAGAAAGGUUUCAAUAUAUGAGACCAGGGGCAACUCAAUUGACCUAAGAGAGGAGACAUCAGACGCCUCUACAUCGACUCGAUAUACUCAAACAACAUACGGUACUGAACCCGGAAGCAAGUUAUACGUGAACAUGGAACUUGUGUUUAGUAUGCUAGCUAACGUUAUAUUCUUGACAAUUAUCUCCAUUGGUGCAGCGAAGUAUUGUGUGGCAAAACGCAAGAAAACGAAGAAGAAAAAGCUGUGUCAGUGCCACUUGGCAUAUGUUGACAUUACGGCUUCAAACCCUGCUACUCGUGAUGAUGACAGUAGCCCUGGUGGCACUGAUGAUGCAUCUGACGGCCAGCUGGCUGGUAUUAAUACUUCCUCUGAUGUCAGACUACAGUCUGAUGUGAGAACUCUCUCGCUGGACCAUGGUAGUGAUGACAAUAAGGAUCUCGAUAAUGACAGUGUUGAUGAUGAUGACGAUGAUGACGAUGUCUUUGACGUCGAUGAUGAUGACGAACAGGUCUCUGGGGAAGAGGGAGAGGUUUCAUCGAGCGAGACUACAUCACAAACCAUGAUACUGAACAUCAAAGACGUUGAGGAGUAUCUUGUAGAUAUCAAUCUUAUCCAGAUUGAGAAAGAGAUUGGCCAUGGUGCUUUUGGAGUUGUUCACCGAGGUGUUGUGCAAUCUGAUAGCGGUGUGCUUGGAGUGGGAGAUGAAGUAGCUCUAAAACUGACCAAAGACAAUUCCCAUGUGUCAUCCACCGUUGAGUUAUUGAAAGAAGUCACUGCCUUGAAGGCCAUUGGUCGCAAGCCCCAUCCAAACGUGAUGAGCAUGUUAGGGCUCAGCUUUAUGGAGGAAACGCCUAUCAUCAUACUGGAGUAUGCUGCCCGGGGCAACCUGCUGAACACAUUGCGCCAGCGUAGGGGUGCAUCGGAUCGCCUGAAGCGUCAGCUAAGAGAGCUGAGCAGCUUCACGUCUGACGACGGCUAUAGCAGUACGCAGAAGGGACCGCGCAAGAUCACCUACCAUCGCUACACAUGGCAUACGUCUAUGCCCAAGGCAGCUGACUUGCUCAGACCGGAUCACGUCUACGAACUUGCCAGGCAGAUCGCGCGUGGAAUGGCAUUCCUAGCAUCACAGAAGGUGGUCCACUGUGACUUGGCGGCUCGUAAUAUCCUAGUGACGGCAGACUAUACGCUGAAGAUAUCCGACUUUGGCCAGUCGCGAGCGGUCAGCAACACGCAGGGUGUCUACCAGAGAAUGAGCAACAGGCAGAUACCGAUCAAGUGGCACGCCGUGGAGUCGCUACGCAGUGGCAUGUACACGACAGCCAGUGACGUGUGGUCACUUGGUGUGGUUCUCUGGGAGAUCGCUACACUAGGCUGCACUCCAUAUCCGGAGAUUGAAACCAAGAAUCUCUAUCCAUGCAUUGCGUCCGGCUAUCGUAUGGAUGAACCCAGGGCGUGUCCGGAGGGCCUCUAUGACAUCAUGGUUGAGUGUUGGAAUGACACGCCGGAUGACAGACCAAGUUUUGUAGAGCUGGUGGAUGACCUGGAGGACCUGAUGCAAGAGGAAGCGAAAGCUAAUCGGGGAGUGGAAUACCUCAGCUUGGAUCUGGCCGUCAUAGCCAGGCCCAAGGCCCGCAUAUCCACUUGUAAGGAAGACGUACAGCCGCAAGAAACAGACUUAUAACCAGUGCUUGCUUGACCACUCGCCUACUUCGAAGACACUACAUGUAUAAUACUAGCACUGUCAGCUGCUGGCACAGCUGGCACAGCUGUCACAGGACAUAGAUAUUUCCAUUUCGACGUUCUCAACUAUUAUAUGAUGUAGCCCAGAUAAUCUUGAAGAUGAAUAUACAUCUACACAUCUAUUUCAAGUACUCUUUUACUCUUGACUGACGAAAUAAUCUUGAGAUUACUUAAUCCGUUAUCGAAUCCAACCCCACUCUACCAAUGUUGACCCUGUAACAUGACUUUCACAGUUUUUUAAUGUCAGAUUAGAAAAUUAUGGCGCAGGUCUUGCUGUGCAUCGUCAACCAUAGUCAUGUCUGCGAGUGCUGAUUCAUAGACUCUAUUAUAUAAUAGUAUGAACAGGUUGCAUAUUUCAAAUGGUGAACGGUA